AGAACUCUGUGCUGAAAUCACUCAUACGGCUAUUGGGGCCCGCUUGCAACGAACAGUUGGAGAGCGACAGUGAAGUCCAUUCAACCGAAAUGAAGCCACUUCCCAGUGACAUAUUUCGACAGUUGAAUAGACUAUACACUGAAUUUCUCGAUCCUGCAUUCAAUCGUCUCCCCCUACGUGGUUUCGUCUUCGAUGCAGAUGAGCCAUUGAUCACUCCCACAGACAAUAUUCACCAAUUCAUCGGAGCCAGUGAACGCACUGCCGAGUUGGUGGAAGAGCUAGCCGACGUGGUGGAAAGAACCGCAGACUAUCUGGAGUCCACGGCAGUCCCGCUGGCUCGUGAACAGCUACAGCGGCUUAGUUCCGUCUGUCAGCUGUUUGCGCACGAAGCAUCUCUCCGAUUCCUUCAGCUACAGCAAUCGUGGUUGAGAGAGUUCGUUUCAGACCCAUAGCACUUGGCUUAUCUACAAUCUCUUGUAUUUCGCACACACAUACAUAUCCGUUUUUUUCAAAAGGUUUUCUGAUUUGCUCCUAUUCUGUAUCCAAUGUGGACCGCGCGUUUUCAAA